AUGAUGUCUCGAAUUCUAAUUGACGAUGGAGAAAGAUCGAUUAUUAUCCUUUCAAUUUUCGAGAGUAUAAAAAUUUUUGAAGGAGCUCAAAGAAUUUUGAAGGACCAUGAAAACGACGAGAAUGACGGUUUUUCCAAGUCACGUCACUUUUACUUUUCGAUGAGGAUUGUUGUCGCUCUCGGUGGUAAUGCUCUUCUCCAGCGUGGCAUGAAGGGCACAUUCCAGGACCAGCAGGCUGCCUGCCGUCUUGCCAUGUCCCAAAUCGUCAAGAUUGUCAAGGAUGGCAAUGAGCUCGUUAUGACACACGGCAAUGGCCCACAGUGUGGUGCUAUCUUCCUCCAGAACGUCGCUGGCGAGCAGGAGAAGGUUCCAGCUAUGCCACUCCACGUUUGCGGCGCUGAGACACAGGGCUUCCUUGGUGAGCUCCUCCAGCAGGAACUCGAUGGUGCUCUUCGUGCUGAAGGCAUCAAGAAGAACGUUGUUUCCAUCGUUACACAGUCCUUUGUCGAUCCAAAGGAUCCAGCUUUCCAGAACCCAACAAAGCCAAUCGGCCCAUUCUACUCCAAGGAAGAGGCCGAGUUCCUUCGUAACGAACGUGGCUACAACAUGGUCGAAGAUGCUGGCCGUGGCUACAGAAUGAUUGUCCCAUCUCCAGUCCCACAGAAGUUCGUCGAAGAGGAGGCUAUCAAGACACUCGUCAACUCCGGCUUCAUCGUCGUUUGCUCUGGCGGUGGUGGCAUCCCAGUCAUCCUCGACGAACAAGAGAACAGAAUCAAGGGCGUUGAUGCCGUUAUCGACAAGGACCUUGGCGCUUCUGUCCUCGCUGCUGCUACAAACGCUGAUGCCUUCAUGAUCCUUACAGACGUUCCAGAGGCUCUCCUCAACUACCGCAAGGAGAAUGAGACAGCUAUCCGCCAGGCUACAGUUGCCGAGAUGGAGAAGUACAUCGAGGAAGGCCACUUCAUCAAGGGCUCAAUGCUUCCAAAGGUUCAGGCAUGCCUUCGCUUCGUCAAGUCUACAGGCAAGCCAGCCCUCAUCACAGCUCUCGACUGCGCCCUUCAGGCGCUCAAGGGCGAGCGUGGCACAAAGAUCGUUCCAAACUAA